AGCUGGACAUUACAAGAGAAGUGAUCAUAAUCAGAAUCAUGGAGAGCUACACACACUUUCUUGUGUUUAUUCUUGUAGCUCUUUUCUUGGAAGUGGUCUUGGCCCAGGACACUCCAAGGACAAUCGUCACUUCCGAUUUCUUCAAUACCCUCCUUCCUCAAGAUGGUUGUGAGGGAAAAGGCUUCUAUAACUAUGAUUCCUUCAUAUCCGCCGCAGAAAGUUUCAACGGCUUUGGCACCACCGGCGGCACCGACGUUCAAAAGAGGGAGUUAGCUGCUUUCCUUGCUAAUGUCAUGCACGAAACAGGAAGCUUCUGCUACAUAAAUGAACAAAACCCUUCCAGCAUCUACUGCGAUCCAAGCAACCAGCAGUAUCCUUGUGCUUCAGGCAAAAGUUACUUUGGCAGAGGGCCUUUGCAGCUAUCAUGGAACUACAACUAUGGUGCAGCUGGGCAGGCCAUUGGCUUCGAUGGAUUGAACAACCCAGAGAUCGUGGCCCAGGAUGCAGCCACAUCUUUCAAGACAGCAGUGUGGUUCUGGAUGUCCAACAGCAACUGCCACCAAGGGAUCACCACAGAUGGUGGCUUUGGCUCCACCAUAAGAGCCAUUAACAGUGGUGAGUGCGGCGGAGGAAAUCCAACAACAGUACAGUCCAGGGUCAACUUCUACCAGCGGUUCUGCCAGCAGUUCGGCGUAGACCCAGGCCAGAACAUCUACUGCUAGACUAAUUCCGCUACCAAUGCCCUCCUAAUUCCGCCAUACUAUUGCAGACAUGUACUGGACAUGAGCAUAUUUUCAUUUAAAUAAAAUGAUAUUAAGAUUAAUUGAGUGAAA